AUGAUGCAUAUUUAAGUGUUAAUAACGAUCCAAACAGUAAAAUCGAUCUUAAGAAAAUUAUUGAAAAUCCAGGACGCCCAGAACUAUAUACGGCAGGAAAACUACGAUUAGAAUUGGUGUUCAACGAAUCCGGGGGAACCGGCUUUCAAGAAAAUGCUG